AUGUCGCAAAAUCCCAACUAUCGCAACAAAGAUCGCUUCGAGAAGACGGCGAACGGUAACAACGAUGCCCGGUGCGGUUCUCAGUUCGAAGCCUUCUUCGCAAUCUCACACCAAAAUUGACCUAUGAACCAGCAAUCCCCGCAGCAACGGGCCGUACAACAACAACAACGAUCCGCCCCCGAAUCCCCCGGACCGCCAACCUCCGAAGAACAUCAACCCUCCACUCGCGAUGCGAGAAGAAGAGCAACGCCGACGCCAAGCAUGGGGCCAACAACAACCUCAGAAGAACCAACAACAAGAAUGGAAACCGUCUCCAAAGCCCGGAGGCCCGUCGAUGAACAGUUAUUACGAUGAAUACACCCCCUCGCCGAUUCCCACCACGAGUGGCAAUCCUCAGGCUUCCUGGAGGACGCUGUCCGAUCCCGUCGGCUCCACUGACGCGCUACGAGAUUAUCAACGCAUGCUCCUCCGAGAGCAGCAGAGGCGGAAUAAGGAAUUCGGGAAAGGGUGGUGA